AUGAGAUUCACAUUGAACCGAGCGAAGCGACGUCUCGAAGCGGAACCCGUGCCGUAUAUCAUCAAGAAGAAGCUCCGUUCGGAGCUACCUCGCCGGAGAAGAUCUCAGUUCUCUCCUAUCCUAUAUUCAUCUCUUGAUUUAUUAGCUAUUCCUUUGAAGAAUUCUGGUUUUUCCUUUUCUCUGGACUCUACCUCGUGCUCCUACUUCGGUAGCGAAGUUUCAUGCGAUUCCAGCAGGGUUUCGGUUGGAUUGGAGAGCAAUGCGAGGCUGAAAUCGAGGAAAGAACAGCUCGGUGAUAUUAGAGGUUCUAAAGUUCUAGUUCGUGCAAGUGAGGUUGUUCGUGAUGCGCGGAUUCGUAGAGUUACCAGAUCGUGUUACAGAAGGAAGGAAAAUGAAGGAAAAGGUGGUGAAGUGGACGUGCCCGAGUUGUCAUGUGUGGAGUCAAGUUCAGGAGCUGAUGCUGCAAUUUUUCGAGAGACUAGCUCCAAGUUAAAGAGCGAAAGUGGAAAAGGAAGUGAAAAUGUGAAAGAGAUUGAAGGAAAUGACGGCUCUGAAGUGGUCUCCAAAUCGGAGAUUUCUUGUGUUAGGCAACUUUCCGAUGUAUAUACGAUAUUCAGUGCCAGAAACAUGAACAUUCCGUCGAAAUUUAAACAGAUCGUUCCGGUUAGCUCUGGUGUCGAAUCAUGCUCUGUGGCGAAUUUAGGUGAGGAAGCAACAGAACAAACUGAAAACAGAGCAUUGGAAUUUGACCUUUCAGAAAUUUCAGGAAAUCUCUUCGAUGCGAAUUUCAUGAUUCCUAACUCGGAGUCGACGGUGGAUCAGAAGCAAAAGAACUUACAAUUCGACUCUGAUCUCGCAUGUACAGAACAAUUCUCGUACGAGGACAUGUCCGAGUAUUCUUCCAGUCACGGGACAGCGUUUUCUGAUCUACAAUCGGAAUUUUUCCUGGAAAAUUCGGAACAGGAGUUUUCCGAUUACACUUCGUCUUCAUUCGAUUCUGGAAGCCAAUUUUCCGAGCGGUCCGAGGCAGAUUCAACUUCUUCACAUACUUUCUCCCUGCUCCUUCAGUACAGAGAGGAAUUCUCGCGGUCAACAACUUCUCUAGACAGAGGAAGUGUUACACCCCUAGAAAAUGAGCAUCAUGAUCAAGCAACUUAUAUGAGGUUCGAGGAUGAGGCGGACGAAGAGAGUUACAAGGCGUUGAGAGAAAGAGAGAGGAGGACAGUGUCUCUGCAUAACUACGCCGAGGAGUACUGCUCCCGGACGGAGUACGGCGAUCUCGUCCUCCAACAACGGUCACAAAUGGUCCACUGGAUCGUUGAGCAAUCUACCGAAAAGAGGCUUCAGCAGGAGACGAUGUUCCUAGGAGUUGGCCUCCUAGACCGAUUCCUAAGCAAAGGAUUCUUCAGAGACGAGAGGAACCUUCAAAUUGUUGGAAUAGCCUGUCUUACCUUAGCCACCAGGAUUGAAGAGAAUCAGCCUCACAACAGUGUGCGGGAAGAUAAUUUCUGCAUAGGGAGCAAUGUGUACAGCAGAUGCGAAGUGGUGGCCAUGGAAUGGUUAGUACAGGAGCUCCUCAAUUUCCAGUGUUUCUUGCCCACCAUCUACAACUUCUUGUGGUUCUACCUUAAAGUUUCUAAAGCUGACGCAGAGGUGGAGAACAGGGCCAAGUUCCUGGCUGUGCUGGUCGUUUUGGCUGGUGAGCAGCUUUGCUACUGGCCGUCAACAGUUGCAGCUGUUCUUGUCAUAUUGGCUUCUCUAGAGAGCAGUCAAGAAGCAUUCCACCAAAAAGUGAUCAAGACUCACAUCAGAACAGAAGAUCAAGAUUUAAAUGAAUGCAUAGAGAGCCUCGAGUGGUUAUUAAGCUACAUAUGAUAGCUAGCUAGCUAGCUAGCAGGGAAGGAAUUGGAACAUCCAGCAUUAUUUGUAUACAUUUUUCUUCAGCCAUCACAAAGGCUUGGCUGAAGGUAGCAGCACAAG